UGGAGGAGCGAGUGAGGAGAGCGCGACGGCGGCCGCGGAGCCAUCGCUGGACGGUCAGGGGGAAAGCGAGGCCCGAGCCUCUGCGUCUCGGAUCAGAAUGGUUUCAAUCCCAGAAUACUAUGAAGGCAAGAAUGUCCUCCUCACUGGAGCUACCGGUUUCCUAGGGAAGGUACUUCUGGAAAAGUUGCUGAGGUCUUGUCCUAAGGUGAAUUCAGUGUAUGUUUUGGUGAGGCAGAAAGCUGGACAGACACCCCAAGAACGAGUAGAAGAAGUUAUUAGUGGCAAGCUCUUUGACAGAUUGAGAGAUGAAAAUCCAGAUUUUAGAGAGAAAGUUAUAGCGAUCAACAGUGAACUCACCCAACCAAAACUGGCUCUUAGUGAAGAAGAUAAAGAGAUCAUCAUAGAUUCUAUCAAUAUUAUAUUCCACUGUGCAGCUACAGUAAGGUUUAAUGAAAAUUUAAGAGAUGCUGUUCAGUUAAAUGUGAUUGCUACACGCCAGCUUAUUCUCCUUGCACAACAAAUGAAGAAUCUGGAAGUAUUCAUGCAUGUAUCAACAGCAUAUGCCUACUGCAAUCGAAAGCAUAUUGAUGAAGUAGUCUACCCACCUCCUGUGGAUCCCAAGAAGCUGAUUGAUUCUUUAGAGUGGAUGGAUGAUGGCCUAGUAAAUGAUAUCACACCAAAGUUGAUAGGAGACAGACCUAAUACAUACAUAUACACAAAAGCAUUGGCAGAAUAUGUUGUACAGCAAGAAGGAGCAAAGCUAAAUGUGGCGAUUGUAAGGCCAUCGAUUGUUGGUGCCAGUUGGAAAGAACCUUUUCCAGGAUGGAUUGAUAACUUUAAUGGACCAAGUGGUCUCUUUAUUGCGGCAGGGAAAGGAAUUCUUCGAACAAUGCGUGCCUCCAACAAUGCCCUUGCAGAUCUUGUUCCUGUAGAUGUAGUUGUCAACACGAGUCUUGCGGCAGCCUGGUAUUCCGGAGUUAAUAGGUAUAUGAGACCAAGAAACAUCAUGGUGUAUAAUUGCACAACAGGCAGCACUAAUCCUUUCCACUGGGGUGAAGUUGAAUACCAUGUAAUUUCCACUUUCAAGAGGAAUCCUCUCGAACAGGCCUUCAGACGGCCCAAUGUAAAUCUAACCUCCAAUCACCUUUUAUAUCAUUACUGGAUUGCUGUAAGCCAUAAGGCCCCAGCAUUCCUGUAUGAUAUCUACCUCAGGAUGACUGGAAGAAGCCCAAGGAUGAUGAAAACAAUAACUCGUCUUCACAAAGCUAUGGUGUUUCUUGAAUAUUUUACAAGUAAUUCUUGGGUUUGGAAUACUGACAAUGUCAAUAUGUUGAUGAAUCAACUAAACCCCGAAGAUAAAAAGACCUUUAAUAUUGAUGUACGGCAGUUACAUUGGGCAGAAUAUAUAGAGAACUACUGCAUGGGAACUAAAAAAUAUGUACUAAAUGAAGAAAUGUCUGGCCUCCCUGCAGCUAGAAAACAUUUGAACAAGUUGAGGAAUAUACGGUAUGGUUUCAAUACUAUCCUUGUGAUCCUGAUUUGGCGCAUUUUUAUUGCAAGAUCACAAAUGGCAAGAAACAUCUGGUACUUUGUGGUUAGUCUGUGUUACAAGUUUCUGUCAUACUUCCGAGCAUCCAGCACUAUGAGAUACUGAAGACAAGAACUUAGCAUUAGAACAUCUAUGCAUAUGGUGGUCCGAAUGCACAAAAUGUAAAAUGUACUUAAGUCAUCUCACCUUUUGUCAAGACAUUAAACCAUCUUAGAUCAGAGUGUGGAGUAAAGUAUGGUACAUUUUAUGUAACAUUUUUAAUGUUUAUGCUUAUAAAAAUGUAGUGAACACACUGUGGUCAUGCCAGCUCAAAUCUACAAUAGCCACCAAAACCAUGACUUUAACAUUUUGAUCCCUGGGGACAAGGGGUAGGGUGAGGGUAGGAGUGGGGAAAUAGGAACACUGACCAGUAUAACUGUGCAAUUCUGGAACAUAUUAAUUAAAAUAUGCCUUAACAUUUAGUGACUUUCUAACUCAAAUAUAUAGUGCAGUGGAAAGCAUUUAUUUGGACAGGAAUACUUAGGUAAGUUGGUAGAUAUUUCAUUCUUCAGUGUUUGAUUUUUUUCUUCAGUUGAAAUAGGUUUUAGUUUUGUUAAAACUGUAGCCAAAACUAUUUUCACAUCAUUCUGUAAGUUAUUGAGUGGUCUCCAAUAUGAAAGACAUGUUCUCAUUUUCCUUUUUCUGAUUAGUGGUCUGAUGCACAUCAUUUUUGUAUAAGCAAUCAGUUGCUUCCAUAAUCAGAAGGCUAUAUAUUAUUCUAAAGACCCUACUGGAUCUAAACAGGUUUGAGAAUCCAUAUCAAUAUAUGCUAUGUAUUUUUUGAAGGAAAAUGAGAAUGGAUUCAUUAAGACUAUUACUAUCAAAAAGAAUAGGAAUACAUUUUUCUUGUCUGUAUUAUGACCAAAUAAAAAUCAGUCCUGUAA